GAAUGGGUAUAAAGAAGCAAUCGUCGCUUCCAAAAUCAACAGAUACGUCAAAUAACCACAAGCUAUGAGGUACUCAUUUACAGGGAUUCUGCUUAGCCUCGUGUCCGUCGCUUGGGCGAGGCCGGACGUUUCGCAUCUUUCGUAUGAACCGUCUGGAAGUUACUUACCGGGGGUGAGCGGUGGGCAUUUUGGAAGUGGAAGUGCGCAUCAUGGCAUUGGAGUGCAUUCUGGUGGGCACCAGUUUGGUGGAGUACAUGGAGGAUCGGGAUAUCGAGGAGGUUUCGGCGGACAAACAGGAUUCUUUGGAAGCGGUGGGCAUGGUGGUUACUAUGGUACAAGUGGUAGUUACGGUUUCGGUUCCGAAGAAGAUACCGAAGUACAUUUUUAUGGGGAUGAUAGCCAUCAGCAAUCUCGACUUCGUAUACACGUCGCACCCGCUCCUUCACGAAAUAAGGUACUUUUCGUUAAAUCGCCAGAAGUUGGCUCUUCAAUUAUACCCGAAAUCAUUGCACCUUCUGCUCCAUCUCACGAAAGGACCGUCGUUUACGUAUUAUCUAAGAAACAAGAUGCCGUGGGUACCAUUAAUCUGCCUGCUUCUGUUACUCACAAUGUUGUCAAGACCAAACCCGAGGUAUUCUAUGUAAAAUACAAAGAUGCCCACGACGCCGAAAGAGUCGUAGCCGACAGUCUCAGUGGGAAGGUCGCAGGGUCUGGUGUCAAAUCUAUCAAUGACAAAGAUUCAUUUGUGAGAACUUUGUCUAGCGGUGCACAUGGAGGCAUCAAUGGCAUUUUAGGGUCGUUCGGAAGUUCAUCAUUUGGAAGCGGUGGUGGUUACGGUGGUGUUACCGGUAUUAGUGGAGGUCAUUCCGGUGUUACUGGGGUCAGCAUUGGCGGUCCAUCAGGAACAUUAUUGGAAACAUCGGGAAGCAGUUCUUCUGGAAGCAAAUAUGGUGCACCUGGAGCCAGUGGUCCGUACUAA